AUGAAGCCGGCGGCGAAGGCGGCCACCAUGAAGCGGACGCAGGGGCGGCAGAAGAUCCAGAUGGAGCUGAUCCGGGACCCGAACGCGCUGCAGGUGUGCUUCUCCAAGCGCCGCAAGGGGCUUGUCAAGAAGGUGUUCGAGCUCUGCGUGCUCUGCGACGCCCAGGUGGCCCUCGUCGUCUUCUCCCCCGCCGGCAAGCCUUACUCCUUCGCCCACCCUUCCUUCCCCGCCGUCGUCGACCGCUUCCUCAACCCACAAUCCGCCCCAGCCCCCGCCGCCGCCGCCGCCGCCAGCGGCACGGAUCAGCUGGCGAGGCUGAGCGAGCUGCAGCGGGAGGCGGAGCGGCUGGCGGACGCCGUGCACGAGGCCAAGGAGGUUAGAGGUAAAGAGCUCGAGGCCAUGGUGCGCGCCGCGGGGGUCUGGGUCGAUGGAGACCUGAGCCGGUGCGGGGCGCCGCAGCUCGAGGCGGCCCUCGCCGCGCUCCUCGGCGUCCAGGCCGAGGCCGCCCAGCGCGCGCACGAGAUCCUCGCCCAGGAAGCCAUGGUGCAGCAACAGCAGCAGCAGCAGUGCCUCGCCGCGGACGGCAUUGGUAGCAGCCAUGGCGGAAACCUCUUCGACUACCUCGGCUCGUACGCCGCGGCGGAUCACGGCCAUGGCGGAGACCUCUUCGACUACCUCGGCUCCGGCGGCCCGUACUACGCGCCUGACGCCAUGGGGAGCAGCCAUGGCAAUGCCCAUGAGGCGGCGGCCAUGGACAAUGGGACCGAUCUCAUGUGCAACGAUGCGGGCAGCUUCUUCCACUACCUCGGCUCGAGCUCCGGCUCGUUCAUGGCAGACGGCGGCGGCGGUGGCGGUAACCAUGGUGAGGUCGGCGCCGUGGACACCAACAUAAGGCUGAUGGGCGGCGGUGGCAUGAACCACGGGCUUGUACCGAUGAUGCCGCUGCCGCCGCCGCAACCGCCUGCUCUGCCUUUCAACCAUGGCGGCUUCGACUACUAUAACCUUGGCUACAACAACCAAGGCGAUCUUGGCCAUGGCCGUGGGGGCGCCUUCUAUGAAAUGGACGGGGUCUACGGGACGACGUGCAGCUUUUUAUGA